AUGGACGAGAUGCUGCUGCUGGCGAGGUGUCUGCUGGUGGUGCUGGUCUCCUCGCUGCUGAUGUGCUCGGGGCUGGCGUGCGGACCCGGCAGGGGAUUUGGGAAGAGGCGGCACCCCAAAAAGCUGACCCCUUUAGCCUAUAAGCAGUUCAUCCCCAACGUGGCCGAGAAGACCCUAGGGGCCAGCGGAAGGUACGAAGGGAAGAUCUCCAGAAACUCGGAGCGAUUUAAGGAACUCACGCCCAAUUACAACCCCGACAUAAUAUUUAAGGAUGAGGAGAACACGGGAGCGGACCGGCUGAUGACUCAGAGGUGUAAAGACAAGUUGAACGCUCUGGCCAUCUCGGUGAUGAACCAGUGGCCAGGAGUGAAGCUGCGGGUGACUGAGGGCUGGGACGAGGACGGCCACCACUCCGAGGAGUCCCUGCACUACGAGGGCCGCGCCGUGGACAUCACCACGUCGGACCGGGACCGCAGCAAGUACGGCAUGCUGGCGCGCCUGGCCGUGGAGGCUGGCUUCGACUGGGUGUACUACGAGUCCAAAGCCCACAUCCACUGCUCCGUGAAAGCAGAGAACUCGGUGGCGGCCAAAUCGGGCGGCUGCUUCCCGGGCUCCGCCACGGUGCACCUGGAGCAGGGCGGCACCAAACUGGUGAAGGAUCUGCGCCCCGGGGACCGCGUGCUGGCGGCCGACGACCAGGGCCGGCUGCUCUACAGCGACUUCCUCACUUUCCUGGACCGCGACGCUGGCGCCAAGAAGGUUUUCUACGUGAUCGAGACGCGGGAGCCACGCGAGCGCCUACUGCUCACCGCCGCGCACCUGCUCUUCGUCGCGCCGCGCAACGACUCGGGCGCAGGGCGACCGCCCGGGGGCGCGCCGGGGCGCAGGGCGCUCUUCGCCAGUCGCGUGCGGCCCGGCCAGCGGGUGUACGUGGUGGCCGAGCGUGGCGGGGACCGCCGGCUCCUGCCAGCCGCCGUGCACAGCGUGACCUUGCGCGAGGAGGCCACGGGCGCGUACGCGCCGCUCACUGCGCAGGGCACCAUCCUCAUCAACCGGGUGCUGGCGUCGUGCUACGCGGUCAUCGAGGAGCACAGCUGGGCGCACCGGGCCUUCGCGCCCUUCCGCCUGGCGCACGCGCUGCUGGCCGCGCUGUCGCCCGUGAGCACGGACCGCAGCGGGGACGGCGACGGUGGGGGCGGCGGCCGCGUCCCCCAGCCCGCGCCAGGUGCGCCAGGGGCAGCGGACGCGCCAGGUGCCGCAGGCAUCCACUGGUACUCGCAGCUGCUCUACCAAAUAGGCACCUGGCUGUUGGACGGCGAGGCCCUGCACCCGCUGGGCAUGGCCGUCAAGUCCAGCUGA